GCGUUCAUUGGGAACAGUGCUGCCUACCAGAGGAUCACCACCAGUGGGAAGAAUGAUAAUCCGGAAAACAAAGUUUCCUUUCUCAGCAGGGUGACCUAUUCCUGGUAUAGCAGGAUCAUAGCACUUGGUUAUAGGAAACCACUGGAAAGAGAAGAUCUGAUUGAGCUAAAUGAAGCUGAUUCGUCAUAUGUGAUUUAUCCCUCGUUUGAAAAAAAACUGGAGGAAAGAAAUAGUGUCACAAGACAAAAAGGGUUCCAGUUCCAGAAAGCCAUCAUUGCUGAGAGCAUUAUGGAGCACCUUCAAAUAUUCUCUGAUCUAUGUGGCUCUGAUGAAAGUUGUGGCAGAUCUCUUGGCCUUCACCAGCCCCCAGAUUUUAAAGCAGAUGAUAACUUUCUUCGAGCAGCAGUCAGGAGAUCCCAGGACUGGCUAUAUGUUUGCCGUUUCUCUUCUCAUUGUUACAAUUCUGCAAACUUUAAUCUUACAACUUUAUCAACGUUACAACAUGCUGACUGCGGUGAAAUGUAAAACGUGUCUUAUUGGAAUGAUCUAUAAAAAGUCAUUAAACUUGGCCAACUCUACUCGGAAGAAAUUUACAACGGGUGAGUUGGUGAAUUUGAUGUCUUCAGAUGCUCAGCAGCUCAUGGACCUGACA